AUGUAUGAAUCAUUGCUACAGGGACAGUGUCCGAGCGACAAUUCCUAUUCGGGCUAUCUUAAGGUAGAAGAAGGAAAGAAUAACUGGAUCGAAUAUUGGGUUGCUAUCCGAGAUAACCGCAUCCUGCUUUAUUCCGAUGAAUGUUCGGAGGAGAGUGGCGAGGAAGCGAUAAAAACUAUCGAACUAUCAAGCGAGACACGUUGUGAACUUUUACAACGUAGGAAUUAUCAUUUUCGUUUCAAGUUAGUGCUCGGAGGCAACUCGCUCUACAAGUUAAAAUGCUCUUCAGCGUUUCAUCGACAACAAUGGAUUUCACAAAUCAUGAUAGCAUCUUCAAAGGAUCGAGUUAUAGAGCUGAAUGGGUCUGACGAGCUACGAGAAGGCAAUCACAAACGAACUUUAUCUACAGAAUCUCAACUAAGCUCGGACGCAGAAAGCUUGAAUGAGUCUGAGCUUGAAUCAAGCGGUGCCUUCUCAGACGGUGGUACUACAUCACUAGGGCAACUCAACACACCGGACUCUGAAACAGAAAGCCCAGUGAAAACCACAGAGCGACGAGAAUCCAAAGGUCUUCUCCGUAGGCUUUCGUUCAAAGCUACAACCAGAUUGCGACGAAACAGCAAUUCGUCCCCACGGGGGGAGUUUAGUGACACUGGAACGCCAUCGCCGUCUAGUCCUUCGUUGAGACAGACUGGAAGUCCAAUGAGAGGAAGUCCAAUCGGUUCACCCAAAGUAAAUAAAGGAGGUAUAGAUUUGAAUAAAGUAUUUGUGAAUGCAGCCUUCGUACCCAGCCCGUCAUCUAGUCCUGGCACAGCGAGAAAAACGGAGCCGGAGGAAACGCAACAGAUAGACUUAAUAGAUAUAUCGUGA